CACUCGAGCAGGGCUUGUCACUGGUGAUCGCCUGCUUGUAUGCCCUUGUUAGCCACGCAGCUAACCUAAGUGCCCCAUUUGGAAAGAUGAAUUGAAUUUUAUAUCGGAAAGCGAUCUGAUAGACACCUAUAUUUGCCAUUAGUUGCUAAUAGCAGGAUGUUACGAGCCGGAAGUGUAGUUACCUGCAUUGCCUGCAAGAAUCUGCUUCCCUCCAGAAUGGGGGUGAAGUUCAGAGUUCCGCUGCAGAAACUGCACCCGCUCUCCCGUGCCAUCCAUCACCGCUACUUUGCUAACAACAAUCCACAAAGACCACCUCACUGCUCAGCUGCCCGCCAUUACACGUCUCUCUCCAGGCUCCCCAUGCGUCCUCCCAAAUCCCGAUCAGGAGGCCACGGCUAUCAACAGCACCGGUCCUUCUGGGUGGCCCGUCUUGCUGCCAGACUGCUGAAACUGAGGUACAUCUUGCUGGGCUCAGCAGUUGGAGGUGGAUAUACAGCAAAAAAGACUUAUGAUGAAUGGAAAGAUAUGCUUCCUGAUAUGAGCCAAUACACAUGGAUUGUGCCAGACUUCGUUUGGGAGCUGAGUGAAAAUAUUGAUUUAGGCAAGCUAGCCAGUGCUUUGCCUGAACUAGAAGAGAUAGCCAAACUAUUACCUGAUAUGGAAAAGAUCAGAGAGAACUUCACCUUCCUGAAGAGCCUCCUCUCCAGUGGUUUGGGUAGUGAAGUCAAUGGAGCUUCUGGUCUGCGUCUGUUAUUAGAAACCACAGGUGAAUCAACCCUGAGAGCAACAGAUAUCCCACCAACUUCUGCAGCCAUGUCUGACAGUAGUGAUAAACAGUUUAAGAAGCAGGGGCUGCUCAGCGAGCUCAUUCUCAUUCAGCAGCAGAUCCAGCAGCAUGAGGAGGAGAUGCGGCGGGCGGCAGCCAAUAAUGCUCCGCCUCCGCCGCGUGAACCCAGUCCCAGCCCCUCGCAGUCCAAACAAAAGUCAUCUGAUAAAGAAAAAGUUGACCAGCUUCAGGAAGAACUUCUUCGAACACAGUUAAAGUACCAACGGAUGCUGGAGCGUCUGGAAAAGGAGAAUAAGGAACUGAGGAAAGUGGUGUUGCAGAAAGAUGACAAGGGUAUUCACCAAAGAAAAGUCAAGAAAUCUUUGAUUGAUAUGUACUCUGAGGUCCUGGACAUUCUCUCAGAUUAUGAUUCCAACUACAAUACUCAAGAUCAUCUACCAAGAGUGGUGGUAGUUGGAGACCAGAGUGCAGGAAAGACCAGUGUGUUGGAGAUGAUAGCUCAAGCUAGGAUCUUCCCCAGAGGCUCUGGAGAAAUGAUGACCAGAUCUCCUGUCAAGGUGACAUUGAGUGAAGGCCCUCACCAUGUAGCAAUGUUCAAAGACAGCACUCGUGAGUUCGACCUUGGGAAAGAGGAGGAUCUUGCAGCAUUGAGGCACGAGAUCGAACUCAGGAUGAGGAAGAGUUUGAAGGAAGGUCAGACAGUCAGUCCUGAGACCAUCUCUUUAAGCGUAAAGGGUCCAGGAAUUCAGAGAAUGGUGCUCGUUGACUUGCCGGGUGUCAUCAGUACUGUGACAGCCGGCAUGGCUGCUGACACAAAAGAAACCAUUUUUAGCAUUAGUAAAGCCUACAUGCAGAAUCCAAAUGCCAUCAUCCUCUGCAUUCAGGAUGGCUCAGUAGAUGCAGAGCGUAGUAUAGUCACUGAUCUGGUCAGUCAGAUGGACCCUCAGGGCAAAAGGACCAUCUUUGUUCUUACCAAGGUUGACCUGGCAGAAAAGAACCUAGCUAGUCCAAGCAGAAUCCAGCAAAUAGUUGAAGGCAAGUUAUUCCCAAUGAAGGCUUUGGGCUACUUUGCUGUAGUAACCGGCAAAGGCAGUUCUAAUGAAAGCAUAGACUCCAUCAAGGACUAUGAGGAGGACUUCUUUCAGAGCUCAAGACUGCUGAGGGAUGGCAUGUUGAAAGCUCAUCAGGUGACCACAAAGAACCUGAGUCUUGCUGUGUCAGACUGCUUCUGGAAGAUGGUCAGGGAGUCAGUAGAACAACAAGCAGAUGCCUUCAAAGCAUCCCGAUUUAACCUGGAGACUGAGUGGAAAAACAACUAUCCUCGCUUACGAGAGCUGGACAGGAACGAGCUGUAUGAGAAGGCCAAAAAUGAGAUCUUGGAUGAGGUGAUCAGCUUGAGUCAAGUUACAACAAAACACUGGGAGUCCAUCUUACAGAAGAAGCUUUGGGAAAGGGUCUCAACACACGUUAUUGAGAACAUCUACCUGCCUGCUGCUCAGACCAUGAACUCGGGCACUUUCAACACCACUGUAGACAUCAAACUUAAGCAAUGGACUGACAAACAACUUCCUCAUAAAGCGCUGGAGGUUGCUUGGGAAACAUUGCAGGAUGAGUUUGCCCGCUUUAUGGCAGAAUACAAAGGGAAAGACCAGGAUGACAUCUUUGAUAAGCUGAAGGAAGCUGUCAAGGAUGAAAGCAUCAAACGACACAAGUGGAAUGAAAGAGCCAUGGACAGCUUGAGAGUGAUUCAACACAACGCUCUAGAGGAUCGUUCUAUCACAGACAAGCCCCAGUGGGAUGCCGCUAUUCAGUUCAUGGAGGAAACACUGCAGUCUCGCCUUAAAGACACUGACUCAGUAAUAGCAGAUAUGGUGGGGCCAGACUGGAAGCAGAGGUGGUUGAGCUGGAAAAAUCGAACACCAGAGCAGCACACCCGUAAUGAGACCAAAAACGAGCUGGAGCGUCUGUUGAAGCUGCAUGAGGAUCACACAGCCUACCUGGCCAAUGAUGAGGUCACUACAGUGCGCAAAAACCUGGAGGCCCGAGGAGUGGAAGUGGACCCCGUACUGAUCAAGGACACGUGGCACCAACUCUAUCGACGUCAUUUCCUGCAGAAAGCGUUAUUACAUUGUAAUCUCUGCCGGCGAGGUUUCUACUACUACCAGAGGCACUUUGUAGACUCUGAGCUUGAGUGCAAUGAUGUGGUUCUGUUCUGGAGGAUCCAGAGGAUGUUGGCCAUCACAGCCAAUACUCUUAGACAACAGCUCACUAAUACAGAGGUGCGGCGCUUGGAGAAGAACGUUAAAGAAGUAUUAGAGGACUUUGGAGAAGAUACUGAGAAGAAAGUCCAGCUGAUCACAGGCAGGAGGGUUCAGUUGGCAGAAGACCUCAAAAAAGUACGUGAAAUUCAGGAGAAACUUGAAGCUUUCAUUGAAGCUCUUCACAAAGAGAAAUAGAGCAGAUCAUCUUGUUUCUGGACAGUCAUGCCCUUACAGAAGAAAAUGCACUGAUUAAAUACAACAUUUUUGCUCUUUGCCCUUUGUAAAUGAACUUUCUUCCCAGCUUCUCGUCUUCUCUGUUUUUAAUGUAUCCUGCUUUAGUUUUCAGUCUUCUCACACACAUGCACACUCGCACUCUUCCCCCUUAAAAACAGUGAAAGUAAGCAAAGUGAGCUGGAGUCCCUUUACGUUUGCUGCAUAUUUUAUCACUGUUGGAGAACAAGCAUUUACUCAACUAGAGAAUGGUACAUGUCAGGGCCAUGCUUUAUUCUUUCUUCCUCCAGCGCUUAAAAGCCACCAAUGUGUUCACCAGACAAGUUAUACGAGAAACCAGUCAGACAGACAUGCACAUACAUCUUCUCCCAAUCCCUCGUUCCCAAUAAAAUGCUUUGUCCCGG